UGAUAAACUGUUUGUAUAUGCCCUACUACACCCUCUUCCUGGCCUGGUCCAUCUACUACAUGGUGAAGUCCUGCUCCAGCGUCCUGCCCUGGACAACUUGUGGCAACAGCUGGAACACCGACCUGUGUAUUGACGACAUGAAUACAACCAGUAACGGGACAAAUAUGGCAGGGAACACAUCAGAACCUAUCACCAUAACCGAGCGUAGGGAAAAUGGAACUUCUGCUCGCACGCCUGCUGAGGAAUUUUUUCGGUACAAUGUGCUGAAUGUCUCAACUGAAUUGGAGGACGUGGGAGCUGUACAGUGGCACAUAGUUGGAUGUCUGUGUGCAUCCUAUGCUGUGUAUGUGACCGCACUCCUGCCGUACGUCCUCCUCCUCUCCAUCUUCAUCACAGUAAUGCAAGAGCCAGGUGCUCUAGAUGGCCUGUACCACUACGUCAUCCCUGACUUUAACAAACUACUUGACGUCCAGGUGUGCCAGCGGUUGUGUAGCAAGCACAUCUACUAUCAACUACUGGAUCACAGUGGUUCAUAA